UAUGGGUUCUUUUCAUGCUAAAACCCAGAAUAAUCGUAAGUCAGUUUCACCCAAAAAAAACAAAAACAAAAACACUACGUACCCAAAUCAAGGCAAUUGCUUUCUCGAUUGCAUUGAUCAAAAGACGAUAUUUCCACUCAACCAAAAUGAGUCAAGGGGGUAAUGACGAUCAGCAGGGUCCCAAGAUUCUUACAAAGACCAUUGGCGAAAAGUUCAAUGACGGUACCGGGAAAAUCAAAUCCUUGUACUCUUUCGCUCGCAUUUACAAGGUGCCCGAAGAUCUUCGAAAACUGAAUGAAUGCGCCUACGUUCCUCGCCUCAUUGCUAUCGGCCCUCUUCACCGGAAGGGCAAACACCUCCAAAAACCUAUGCAAGACCUCAAAAUGGAUUACGCCAAUCGCCUGUUUCUCCGACUGACCGAAGGAAAAGCUGACUCGAAAAUUAGGGAUGAGAAAAAAGACGAGUUGAUACAAGAAUGUGUGGAGGAAAUGAAGAAGUGCACAGUCAAGGCCAAGAAAUAUGACGCACAAGGAGAAGCCACCCUGGUGGACAUGGCCAAGAAAUACUACGCAGAAGAAUUAGAGCUGAGUGACGACGAGAUGGUGGAAAUGAUGUUGGUCGAUGGUUGCUUCAUCCUCGAACUUCUCUACGUCUACUACCAUACCAAUUAUUGUCAGGUUCGCAAGGACUCGAGUAGCAUUCCGCAGCCUAUUAAUGGAGGAAAGGGGUGCAGGAAAAGCAACCGCAGGGGCUGCGAACCGCCAAGGGCAGAUCCUAUUUGCGAUAGCAUUUUGACAGCCAACAUCGUCAGACACGACUUGAUGCUCCUCGAGAACCAAAUUCCUUUCUUUGUGCUCGAGCAUUUGUUCCAACUCACAGUGGCUAAGAUCCCCACCGUGGAUCAGACCACGGGGUGUUUCCCUGAGUUGUCGCUGGAAGGUUAUGUCCGUUCUUACUUUUCGAAGUUUCUGAGUCUCGAAGGCGGACAAUCUAGCGGUAGCAAGCCAAAAACUAGUUGUUGUUUGGCUAGCGAUCACUGUAUCCUCUCGAUUUGUGAUUCUACAAAAAAACUUGAACAGGGAAAGACAGAGUCAGAGAAAGCUAAUGACUACUAUCACAUUCUACACUUAAUACACAGUAGUUACAUUCCCGGCGGCGAAGGAGAAGAAACCGAACUCGGAAUCCAACUAAAUUCCAAAAAGCAUUGCGAAUUAAUGCUCUCUGCAUCAGACCUCCGCUACGCGGGAGUCAAGUUCGUACCCACUACGGAUCUACACAAGGUCAAGUUCAUCAACAAAGGCAUAGGCUGUUGGCAAUGUCGUACCCUCGAGUUUCGAAUCCCGACCAUCUAUAUAGGCAAGACCACGGAGUCGUUCCUCCGAAACGUCAUUGCCCUGGAACAGUGUUCCACCAGGGUUCCGCGAUACUUCACGUCCUACGCGAAGCUCAUGGACAUGUUCAUAAACUCCGAGGAAGACGUCCGAGUGCUUAAAAAGGACAGAGUCAUACAUAAUUACUUGAGCACGGACGAGGACGUCCGUGAUCUAUUCAACAAGCUGUGCAAGGAAGUUGUACUGGAGGACUUCCAUUUCGGCGAGGACUGCCGAGAGGCAUCCAUGUUUAAUAUGCGUUGGCAGACGAGGGCUGUGAGAUACGUGACUCGACUGUUCGUUGCUUCUCCCUGGCCGGCCCUUGCUUUCUUCAUGGGCAUUGGCGCUUUUGCGAUAGCGGUUUAUCAAUUUGGUUACGCGAUUCGCGCGCGGGUUCAUCGAUGAUCAUUAGCAUUUUCUGUGUUUCAGUUUCAACUAAAACUGCUACAAACAUCGCGUAUCAGAAGGAUUAAAAUCUGAAUUGCAUCUCCUUCGGAUGUUUUUUCCGUUAUUGGGUUAGCUUUGGCAUGUUUGUCUGCUUUCCCCUUUCUCGAUGUAUCUUAUCGAGCCUAAUAAAAUCCUUAUUUUCGUGCUGAGCAAAUAAAAA